AUGCCCUCCUUUUCAAGCGCCUCGCAGACUUUGCCUGCAAAUGCUGCUCUUGGGGAAGUUCGCGAACCAUCGGAGGAUCUUGUCACGGCCUUAAAGGAUGCUAUUCGGGAUCCUUUAGGAUCGCAUACGGCUGUCCACCUCCUUCAAGAGAAAGUGAAAGAGGAUUUCCGCCUGCGAAUGCGUGUCCGAAGUCUUCUGGGAAAUACCUGGCUUCCAGAAAAGCUAAGCACUCUCUGGAAUGUCACAUACGAUUCCGCAAGCAAGGAGGAGAUCGAAGCUCGGUUGCUUCGCCAGAAAGAAAUUCUCUACGAUAUUGGGGUCGGAAAGAGAGAUCUCUACGAGCUUAUUCCAUACGAAAUCUUAAAUUGUCCUAAAUGCUACGAAUUUUGCUUUGGCACUGAAAAGCCCGAUGACUUCUUUUUCUGCAUCGCUGCCAAGGCAGAAACACCGGAGGAAAGAAAUCAUGUGCUUUUUCGAUGCCCACCGCAGCUGCUACUCCGGAUGUCCUUAGGAUCUGAAGAAUGGCUCAAAAUCUGCCGAGAAAACUUUCCAGAUUUGACCUGGCAGCCCCUUACUCAAAAAGAGAAUGAUGAAUUAUUUACUUCUUUUAAGAAAAAGGGUUGGAUGUGGGAUUGA